GAUGGUUAAUUUCCCCUCAAUACGUCUGCUUAAAUGCACUGUUGGAUCUGCAUUUUGUUCAGUGCCGUUUUCACGUUUAUUAUCAAAUACAACUACUUAUCCGGAGUACGGAAUUACAAAUAUUCAAGAUGAUAGUGAUUUUGACAAACGGGUAUUAAAUAAUUCCGCACCGGUCAUUGUUGACUUUCAUGCUAAAUGGUGUGGACCUUGUAAAAUUUUAGGUCCAAGGUUGGAAAAUAUAAUGAAAUCGUAUAUGAAUUCUGUGCUACUCGCUAAAGUUGAUGUCGAUCAGUUAGAUACUGUUGCCGAAAAAUAUAAGAUUAAAGUUGUUCCAACUGUGAUUUCCAUCAAAAAUGGCAAAGAAAUUGAACGUUUUGAAGGAGCCAAAGAAGAGGAAUUCAUUAGGCGUAAAAUAGAAUAUGUAUUAGCGCAUAAUGGUUAGACGCGACAAUUCAAUAUAAUAACGUCUGAAUUGAUAAUUUUCUUCAACUAAUCAACCAAUUAAUAGAUUUCCUAUUGUUCCCUUGUUAUUAAAUAUUUUAGGAUGUUUUAUGUGUGCAUCUCUUAAAAUGUAUGAUUGUUAUAUAUGAAACUGGUUGCAUUAAGUUUAAGUGUAACUAUACUUGAUCACUAUUGUGUGCUUUUUGUUUCCUGUAAGUGAAUGAUAUCUUCAAACUAGUCAUAGUUUAAUGAAUGAAAAAUCAUUG